GUGGAUCGAGCGGGUCACGUACACAACUAUGUAUAAGUUCCCGGGCAUCCUCCAGUGGUUUGAGGUCAAGGCUACUACGACGGAGGAGGUCAGCCCUCUGGAGAACGCCAUCGAGACCAUGGAGCGCAUGAACGAGAAAAUCAGCAACAUGGUGCAGCAGUACGCCUGGGACCGAUCGCUCCCGGCACAUCCCCUCUCCAUGCUCCUGUCAGGAAUAGUCGAUGCCGGAGUCAUGGGUGGCAUGGCCAAUUACGAGAAGGCGUUCUUCCACCCCACGUACCUACAAGAGCACCCCGAAGACCAAGACAAGAUAGAGACGUUGAAACAGCUGAUUGCUUUGCAGAUCCCGUUGUUGACGGAAGGGAUCCGGAUCCACGGCGAGAAAUCCACAGAGGAGCUGAGGCCGCUGCACAACCGCCUCGCUGCCUGCUUCAAGGAGCUGAAGGAGAAGGUGGAGAAACUGUACGGGGUCAUCACGCUGGCUCCCUCUCUCAUCGACAGGAAGAGAAGCCGAUCGGGAUCCAUGGUCCUGCCGUACAUCAUGUCGUCGACGCUGUGGCGCCUCUCCACUGUCUCCGUUGCCUCCUCAGCAGCGUCAAGCUCCUCCUCCUCCUCCUCCGAUGGCCCCUCCUCCCGGCCCGCCUCCGACGGCUCUGUUUUGGACCCACUGUUGGAACACAAGGUGGAGGGAACCUUGGGCAGAGACGAUCACGAACACAAAGUGAACAAGUGCAGGAGGAAGGAUCUGAGCCUCAGUAAAUCGCAGGUCAUCUUUGAGAAACAGGCGAGGAUUGACCUCUCCCCCGAUAAAGCUGAAACCCUGGCGAGACAAAGGCAGCUGCGCCCGAAAAGUCUUCCCUUUGGUGAAUUGCAACAGUCUUCGAUGCAAGUCUACACCUCGCAGUCAGUGUCCUCUCCGGUCACAGCGGCAGACACCACACGCACUCUGAGUUACCCCGGGCCGCGGAGCGACCCGGAGAUUACGCUGGAUUCCUGCGGCAGUCCCCCGCAGCCUCCGCCAAAGAGCAGGCAUCCUGAAAACGGGCACCAGAGGGACUCGACAGAGGUAGCACUGAGCAGGGCUCCGCCAACUGGCCUCGUAAUUAGUGGCAUGUGAGACUAGGCAGGCUUGUCAGCGCUCGGGUCGGAGGGGGAGACGGGGCGGUGAGGCUCAACCGUUUAGAGUCUGCAUCCAUGAGCUGCACGUCGGCGA